AGUGAUUUAACUAAAAUGCCUUGUGGAUAUUGUUCCGAAACUACGAAAAAGGUUUUACUCAUAAUGUUCAAGGUCCUCGUAGAGCUGGCCCUUGUUGGGGCGAUAGCCUCAGUCUUCAUAGUUGCAGCUCAAGGUCGCGCUGCUGAGCGAGUAGCUGAAGAGGCGUCGGGGAGAGAGUAUAUGAGGAACUUGGAUGAAUUGAUGUCUAAAGCUAAGAACAAAGCAACGAUAGCCGCCUGGGACUACCAGUCAAAUAUCACCGCUCAUAAUGAAGAACGAAUGUUACAAGUCUCCCUAGAAGUAGCAGAAGAAGAAAAAGAAUACUGGAAAGAAACUAUGACGUAUUUGUGGCGUGAAUUUGAAGACCCUGAUCUCAAACGGAUGUUCGAGAAAUACUCAAUUUUGGGUACAGCUGCUUUACCUGAGGACUUAAAUCAAAGGUUGAUUCAAGCUAUAAGUAAUAUGCAAUCUACUUACGCCAAAGCUACAAUUUGUGACUAUAAGGAUCCCUCGAAGUGUAAUUUAUAUGUUGAGCCAGAGAUAACAAAUAUCUUUGCUCAAAGUGAGGAUCCAGAAGAACUGAAGCAUACGUGGUUGGAAUGGCACAAGGCAGCAGGUGCUGCGUCUAAAAAUAACUUUACUGAGUACGUCAAUAUGUACAAUGAAGCAGCUAAGUUAAACGGUUUUGAUAGUGUAGCUGAAUGGUGGUUAAGCACUUACGAAGAACCAGAUAGCGAAAAACAGUUCGCCGAUCUCUGGGAGCAAGUUAAGCCUUUAUACCAGCAGAUACAUGCAUAUGUCAGACGACACUUAAGACUUAAAUACGGAGAAGAUGUAGUAUCAGCGAAAGGACCCAUUCCUGCUCAUUUACUAGGAAAUAUUUGGGCGCAAACUUGGAAUAACGUGGAGAAAUUCACGAGACCGUAUCCAGAAAAACCUGACGUAGAUGUUACGGCAGCCCUCGUCAGUCAGAACUACACAGCUCUGAAAAUCUUUAAAACAGCUGAAGAGUUUUUCAAAUCAUUAAAUUUGAGCGGUAUGCCAGAUCUGUUUUGGGAAAGAUCGAUCAUCGAAAAACCCGAUGAUGGUCGCGAUAUGGUAUGUCACGCCUCAGCAUGGGAUUUCUUCGAUGGAGAAGAUUUCAGGAUUAAACAAUGUACAACAAUCACAAACGCCUUCUUCAAAACAACUCACCACGAAAUGGGUCACAUACAAUACUACUUGCAGUACAAGGAUUUGCCUGUAAUAUACAGAGCCGGAGCUAAUCCAGGAUUCCACGAAGCAGUUGGUGAUGUUAUUUCUCUGUCAGUAUCAACUCCAAAACAUUUGCGAGUCAUGGGAUUACUCGAAGACGGACCAGAUGAUUUGGAAUCUAACAUAAACCAACUAUACAAAAUGGGCUUGGAUAAGAUUGUGUUCUUGCCUUUCGCAUACCUUUUAGACUUAUUCCGUUAUGGUGUGUUCCGCGGUACGACCUCAGUGAAUGAUUACAAUUGUCACUUCUGGCAGCUGAGGGAAACUCUGCAAGGGGUUGAACCACCAGCAACUAGAACUGAAAAUGACUUUGAUGCUGCUGCUAAAUACCAUGUAUCUGCUGAUGUUGAAUAUAUGAGAUACUACAUCUCAUACAUCAUUCAGUUCCAAUUCCAUCGAUCAUUAUGUCAGUUGGCUGGUGAGUACGUACCUGGAGAUUCAAACAAGUUAUUGUCUAACUGUGACAUAUAUAGAAGCACUGAAGCCGGCAAUGCUUUAGGUAAAAUGUUGCAACUCGGUUCUUCAAAACCGUGGCCAGACGCGAUGGAAGCUAUUACAGGUCAGAGGAAGAUGGACGCCAGUGGAGUUCUAGAAUAUUUUGAACCCUUAUACGAAUGGCUGAAGGCAGAGAACGAACGUAGUGGCGAAUACAUUGGUUGGGAACCCAGUACUGUCCAAUAUUGCACAGAAGAACAAAGGAGUAUUAUGGAGAACUCAGAGUUCCGCAAGAGAUUAGUCAAAUACGGCGGCGCUUAAUCGUUAAGCAAAAAUAAAUUAUUCAUUGUUGAA